CCAAUGGAAGGUGUGAAUCAGUCUGUGGUGUCAGAGUUUGUGUUCCUGGGACUCACCAACUCUUGGGAUAUCCAACUAUUCCUUUUUGUUUUCUCCUCCAUAUUUUAUGUAGCAAGCAUGAUGGGAAACUCAUUAAUUGUGUUCGCUGUGGUUUCAGACUCUCACUUACACUCUCCUAUGUACUUUUUGUUGGCUAACCUCUCUUUUAUUGACUUGGGUAUUUCUUCUGUUACUUCUCCCAAGAUGAUUUGUGACCUGUUCAGAAAGCAUAAAGUCAUCUCUUUUAGAGGUUGUGUUACUCAAAUAUUCUUCAUCCAUGUCAUUGGUGGUGUGGAGAUGGUGCUGCUCAUAGCCAUGGCCUUUGACAGAUAUAUGGCCAUAUGUAAGCCUCUCCAUUACCUGACCAUUAUGAGCCCAAGGAUGUGCAUCUUGUUCUCAGUGGUUGCCUGGGUGGUUGGCCUUAUGCAUUCUCUGAUUCAACUGGCUUUUGUAGUAAACUUACCAUUUUGUGGACCAAAUGUGUUGGACAGCUUCUACUGUGACUUUCCCCGGUUCAUCAAACUUGCUUGCACAGAUACAUACAAACUGGAAUUACUGGUCUCAAUCAAUAGUGGAUUCAUGUCUGUGGGCUCUUUCUUCAUACUGAUCAUUUCCUAUAUUGCCAUCAUUUUUACUGUUCAGAAACAUUCUUCAAGUGGUUCCUCCAAGGCUCUGUCUACACUUUCAGCUCAUGUUACUGUGGUGGUCUUAUUCUUUGGUCCUGUGAUGUUUUUCUACACAUGGCCAUCAUCUUAUACACACAUGGAUAAGUUUCUGGCCAUAUUUGAUGCAAUCAUCACCCCCUUUCUGAACCCAGUGAUCUAUACAUUGAGGAAUCAAGAAAUGAAAAUGGCAAUGAUGAGAGUGUUCAGCAAGCUAAUGGAUUAUAGGCAAAUUCUUAAACACUUGAACUUUGAACAGCCUUAA